UGUAAAGUAAACAUGCAGUUAACUCAAAAUAAUCUCCAAUUUAUCACUUACCUGACAUUUCGAGCCGUAAAAUUAACACUUUCGUUGCCAAUGAAAUAUUCGAUCCAAUUAUUCUAAUUCAAACAAAUUUUUAUUUAGUUUACUAAAUACCAAUGUGACAGGUUUUGCUAAGAUCACAAAACAUCAUAACAGUAACAGGGUAUUUACCUGAUUCAAUAAAAUUAUUCAAUCUCUGAUAAAAUAAGAGUUGAUCUUUUUGGCAAGAAACCAUGUUUAUGUCUAAAAAAAUAUGACUCACUGCAAAAUUCAGAAGUCUCUAAAGAAAACAACUGGAAAUUGGAGUCCUAGUGUCUGUAUCGAAGGUCCACAUCAAAGUCCCAUCGCACUUUCUACAUCGCUUGCUGAGGAAGCUGACUUUCCUCCCUUCAGAAUGGACGGCUAUUGGCAAAAUAUGUCUACUAUUUUACAAAAUAACGGACAUUCAGUUACCAUUAGACCAAAUCAUCAGAAACAUAUUCCGCGUAUCCAUGGUGGAGGUUUGUCCGGAAAAUACAAGUUAGAUCAUCUUCAUUUCCAUUGGAAAUCGGAACAUACAAUGGAAGGUCAGAGGUUCCCACUGGAAAUGCACAUGGUGCAUUACCAUGAGAAGUAUUCAAGUUAUCAGGAAGCUUCAGAUUAUGCGGCAGAAGGAGGUGUAGUAGUUUUUGCAGUUUUAUUCUAUUUAUCUCCAGACGAUGUAGAAGAAUUCAAUCACGUGUUGAAGGCAGUUUUACACGUUCAGAAACACGAAAACCAACAAACGGAACUGGAUGGUUUUGUGAUUAAGAACUUCAUCCCGAUGGAUGUGGCUGGAUUUUACAGAUACAACGGAUCGCUGACAAGUCCAGGUUGCAACGAAGGAAUUAUUUGGACGGUGUUUGUUCAUACAUUGCCCAUAUCUCAAGCACAAGUAGAUGUGUUUCGAUCAAUUCGUACCCGCCACAACAAACCUCUGGAGGAAAAUUUUAGAGAACUUCAACCAUUGAACGACAGACAUAUUCUGAUCAAGAUUAGUCCUGUUGGUGUUUCUGCGGGUCAAAAUCUAUUUGCUGGCAAUGCGAAUGUAUUUUUAGUUAUAUUUAUAAGUAUAAAAUAUUGUUUCAGUGGUUAACUUGAAUAUUUUGGAUACUUAAAAGGUACCUACUAAAUUUUUAAUUUAGAUUGUAAAUUUUGUUUUAAAAAUUAAGCAAUAUCUACUUGUAAGGUGUCUAUUUUUAUAGAAGUGCUAUAUUAAUAAUUAAGGAAUAUUAAUAUAAGGACAAUUAAUUAAUUGAAACAAAAUCGAG